GCGAAGACGUGGCACGAGCUCGUCGUGGCAUCGACGAAGCCGCCAAAGAGAUCCUACCCGACUGCGGUUUAUGAUCCGCAGGGCAAGGCCAUGGUGGUCUUUGGGGGUUGGGAUGGCCACGACCGUUUCGAUGACACGUGGGCCUUCGACCUGGCGGCGAAGACGUGGCACGAGGUCGAUGUGGGAUCGACGAAGCCGCCAGCGAGAAACUACCCGACUGCGGUUUACGAUCCGCAGGGCAAGGCCAUGGUGAUCUUUGGGGGUUACGAUGGCCACGACCGUCUGGAUGACACGUGGGCCUUCGACCUGGCGGCGAAGACGUGGCACGAGCUCGUCGUGGCAUCGACGAAGCCGCCAAAGAGAAGCUACCACACAGCUGUCUACGAUCCGCAGGGCAAGGCCAUGGUGAUCUUUGGGGGUUACGAUGGCCACGACCGUCUGGAUGACACGUGGGCCCUUCGACCUGGCGGGAGCGCCCAAGCAGGUCGAGUGAGUCUGAACGCCAAGCGCGGGUUGGGUGUGCCUUGUGAGCUUUGUUUCACGGUGGAUAAGAGCGUCUGA